AACUUGUCAAUUCACGACUCGAGUAAGUGUUACGGUGUUUGCUUGCACUUAACUUAGGAGUUUUGUAAAUUUUGUCGCAGAUGUUCAACAGAUUUUCUCCACGUUUUAAUUUUACGACCUGUUUCAAUGCCAUGUUCUGCGGUCACGAUCGUAGGGGUAGGUUUUGUUCAUCCUAACGUUUGGUUACAAUGGCUGCGUCAGGUACCGAAAUUGAAGACUUCUUAAACGGACCUUUAGUUUCAUGGCUGAAGUCAUGCCUUACAAAUCCAGAGAUAGUCAAAGAUUAUGCAUCUCUUUUCAAUGGAGAUAUCUUGCAUCAAGUUUAUCUCCAAAUAGAUCCAGAACCUUCUUUUCAUAUAACAAAGCUAGCUGGCUUGGAAGACCAGGCAUUGAUCCUGGGUAGGGUGAAGAACUUUGAUGCUAUUAUUAAGAAUGUCAAAAGUUUAUAUGAUGAAGAAUUGGGUAUGACAUUACUAGUUGUCCCGGAGUGCAUAUGCCUAGGAAAAGCACCUGAAUCAAGAGAUGGUUUAGAGAAUAUGAAGCUCCUUUUACUGCUAUUACUUGGUGCUGCGGUACAAUGUCCAAAUAAAGAAAUAUUCAUUACCAGAAUAAAGGAAUUAGAUGUGGACUUGCAGCACAAUAUUGUAGAAUGUAUUAAACAGGUAACAGACAUGCAAACCGUAGUUUUAACACCAGACGCAAUCGAUCUCUUCCAAUCACCGACGAUGUUUAAUCACAUGCGAAGAUUGGCCAAGGAAAGGGACCACUACCUUCAGAAUUGGGCCACAUUGGUACUCAAUGAGGGCCUUUGUGAGACCGAAGGUGAUAACAAAAGCAGCAAGAAUCCAUCGACACAAAACAUUAAUCAAAAUAACAGUGAAAGCCAACAUUUAGCCGUUGAGCUUGCAGAUUGGAAAGCACGUCUGCGAAAACAGAGACAAGAAUUGGAAGAAAAAUCGGAACAAUUAUCCGAAUGUCGCGAAGAAUUAGAACAUACGAAGUUAUUGUUGACCAAGCUACGGUCGGACAGCCAGGAAUGGUUCAACGAGGCGAGGAAAGCAGCGGGAUACAGGGAUGAAGUUGAUGCGUUACGGGAAAAGGCCGAACGAUGUGAGAGGUUGGAGCAAGAAAUACAAAGGUACCGAGAUCGUCUCGCUGAUGCAGAAUACUACAAGACGCGUGUGGCGGAGCUUCGUGAGGAUAACAAGGCGUUGAUGGACUCCAGAGAUGUGCUGGAGGAACAGCUCCAGCGCGCUAGAAAGAGGGCUGAGCAAUGUCUGACACUAGAAGCGGCUAUGAUCAAACUGAAACGAGAAGCAAACGACAUUGCUUUGGAAAGGGAUGCCGAUCAACAAAGAAUACAGGAACUGAUUGAAGAAAAUAACCAUUUACAAUAUAUCGCGAGAUCAAUGCUAAGUGAAAGCAACAACAGCAACCUAGACACGGACAAUGAAUGCGAGAGCACAAUAGAAUCUGGUGAAAAUAGUCUAUCUGAACAAUUAACUAGUAACGCACAAGCUAGAGCUUUAAAAUUAGAAUUAGAAAAUAAGAGACUUCUUUCGACUAUUGAUAAUUUAAGAGAACAGUCCAUACUCGAUGGUAGUGACAAGGUUUUAGAUUUAGAAAAGGAAAAGAAACGGUUAACGUUAAAAUGCGAACAACUUCAAGAAAAUUGUAACAGGCUCAUGCAACAGAAUUCUGAACUAGAAGAAGUAUUCAAAAAUGCAUUAGAGGAAAAUAGAAAGUUACAAGAUUCAUUAGACAACAAAAAAGCCUAUAUUGAUAGACAGUCCAUAGAUAGAGAAUCGGAGAAGAACAAAUUACAAGAUUUUGAAAAACAUUUGGAGUCUUUAACAAAAGACAAACAGAGAAUUCAAAUGUUGUGUGAUUCGAUACAAAAGCGAGCUGAUGAUUUGGAAAAAUCAUUAGAUACUAGGACUAAAGAACUAAAUAGCGUUAAGCCCGAAGCCGAUAAAGCGAUGCGACUGUUAAUUCAAACUGAAGAACUUAAGACAAAAUUAACAUACAGUGAAAAGGAAGCUCAUAACCUACAAAGGGAAGUUAAUAAAUUAAAAGAGGCUGUAGAAGAGAAAGACGUGAUCAUUGAUAAAAUAAGUACAGAUAUAGAAUUGAAGAAUAAAGAAAUCGAAAGAAUAACACGAGAACUUGACGCAAGCCAGUCGAUGGCAACCAGGCUUCAAGACUUGGAACAAAAAACACAAGAACUAAAAUCUCACAAGAAAGUAGACUCUGAAACAAUUCAAACUCUUCAAAGGGAUUUGAUUACAGAAAAAGUCAACUGUGACAAGUUCAUCAACUGUUUUGAGAAACUGGGAAUCAGUGCUUCGGAGAUAAUGUCAAAAGAUAUUAAUGUGGAGGAAUUACUAGAAAAAAUUAUCACGAAUGCAGAUAAUGGUGGUUUAAUACUUGAUAUUGCUUCCAAAGCUAAUAUGACUAAUUUAGUCCCCCAUUAUUGUAAUCAUGAAAAGAAUCAUGGUCCCGAUCCUCAAACUGAGCAACUCCUGGCGACUAUACAAGCUGGUCUCGAUCACUACCAGGCAGAAAAUGCUAAAUUAGAAGUCAAUGUUGCCACACUCAAUUCACAAAAUGGCUCUCUAAUAUCUCAACAGAUGACUUUACAACUAGCAAACAGCCAAUUAGCUGCAGAGAAAGAAGAAAUAUUGAAACAACUUGAAGUGUUAAAAGACAAACAAGACAAUCUCUUAAGAGAUCAAGUAGCGUUACAAACUCUUCAUGAACAGUUAAAUACAGAAUAUGAAAUGUUGUUAAGUGAAAAAGAGUCAGUCAAGAUUGCCAUGAGAGACUUGAAACUCGAAAACCGAGAGUUAAAAGAGAAAAUAGUCAAUUUCGAAAAAAAGGCAGCUGAAGUUGAAAUGGAAAGAGAAAACUUGAAAAAGGAGUCGAGGAAUUUAACUAAUUUGAGAACAGAGCAUUCUAAACUAAAGGAUGAUUUUAGAAAUCUAUUUACAGUUAGUGGCAGAUUAAAAAAUGAAUACAAAAACAUGCAGGAUGAAUAUAGAAAGAUGCGAAGUGAUGUUACGCAACUUAAAUUAAAAAACACGGAGCUGUCGGGUGAAAUUAAUACAAAAGCUGAAAUUAUAACUAGUAUGGAAUUAGAAAUAAGCAAAACUAACCAACAUUGUGAAAUGCUCAUUCAGAUGAAUAAAAGCUUAGACGCGGACAGACGAUCUCUGAUGGACCACGUGUCGCAACUUUUGACACAAUAUCAUGAAUUGUUAGCACAUUCUUUAAAAGACAAACAGCAUUACCAUGAAGAGGAGAAAAUGUUUGCUGACAAAGUUAACGCUCUGUGUCGACAGAAAGAAAAACUGGAAGAAAAAAUUAUGGAACAUUAUAAAAAGCUUGAUAAUUGUACCCCCAAACGACGUGGUUUCGGAGCAUCCUUUGUUAAAAGAGUGAGAAAAGCCGGAACCGAUUUAAUUAACAAAGUACCUUCGCGAAACAAUAAGAGGAUAGAAGAUGAAAAUCGAUCAAAGUCUCAACUGACGCUAGCCGGUUCCGAAUCCGGCGAAUCGGACCCCGGCAGCCACGACUUCGAUAAAUCAUCUAAAAUUUGCGAACAAGAGCAAGCUUCCUCGACUCUAAGCACAGAAUCGCCUAGACAUAGUUCCGAUUCGGGUUACAGAAGAUGCGAUGAGAUAUUUAAAAAACCUGACAAUAUGGAAGGUUCAGUGUGUAGUCUCGAUCCGAGUAGGUUGACUGGGAACGAAGGAAACUUUACUCGGCGGCUUUCAACUGCGUCAGUGCACAGCGGUGGCGGCGGCGACGACGCUUUGAUCAGAGCUUCCUUGCGAAGGAGGCCCCACAAGGCGGUGCCGCCCACACAUAGGAAUAGCUAUCAAGGGUUAGAGGGGGAUACCGGCUUACCUACAGCAUCCACACCUUCACCAGUGUUCGGGACGGCCGGGUCACGGCGCACCGUGUACUUGGCAGAUGAUAACCCCGAUGUUACUCUUAACUCCAAACCUCAGAGCACACCUAUAAAAGAAAAUCCAACAUACUUGAUCUACAACAGAAUAUCAACUGUUAUCGGGGAGGGUGCUUGUCAAACUGGUCAAGACAGAUCUGGCAGUGACAACCAACAGACUGAUAUCCCCAGAACUACUGCUGGUGAAGAUUCACAGGAGCAAGAUCAAGAGAGAAUAAAUCGUGAGAAACCAGAAAACUCAAAGGAAUCAGCUAUUUGGUAUGAAUAUGGUUGUGUUUGAUUGUAGACUGACAAUGCCUUUGUGGCCUUUACAAUUAUCACCCUACAUUAUAAAGAUAACGAUCGAAUAUAAAUAAUAUUUAAUAAUUUUGAUGACAAUAUGACAGUAUUAGUUAGGCAUUUAUUUACAAAUUGAUUUUUUUUUUCCAGACAAUUUGUAUUGAGAUUACAGU